AUGUGCAGAUACCGAAGCUUCUUCACAGCCAUGACGAAGAAAAGCUCUUCGUCGUCCUCCAUUCAAGCUUUAUUUGAUCUUUGUAAACGGACUUUUACUCCUUCUGGGACUCCUCCACUCCCACCUUCUCCUCAAGCUACACGAAGUCUCUGCGCUGUAUUAGACAAAAUUGCUCCUGCGGACAUUGGGCUGGGUGAUCAAAACCAAGAGGAUGAUAGAGGGCAUGGUCUGCUUGGACUUAAUGUAUUCAGUAGGGUUAAUCGAUGGGCUCAACCGAUAACAUACGUGGACAUCUAUGAGGGCAAUGAUUUCACGAUGUGCAUAUUUUGUUUCCCCACUUCCUCAGUUAUUCCACUUCAUGACCAUCCUGGGAUGACUGUUUUUAGCAAAUUACUUUAUGGUUCAUUGCAUGUGAAAGCUUAUGAUUGGGUGGAACCAGCUCAGAUUCGGAAAAGCAAGCAAAUAGGCCAUCCAACAGUGAGAUUGGCUAAGUUGGUGGUUGAUAAAGUUCUAACUGCACCUUGUGGUACGUCUGUAUUGUAUCCUAAAACUGGAGGGAACCUGCAUUGUUUUACUGCAAUAACUCCUUGCGCUGUGCUAGAUGUUCUUGCACCUCCUUACUUAGAAGAAGCCGGGCGGAGAUGUACUUACUAUCAUGAUUAUCCUUACUCCACAUUCUCUGCAGAUGAGAGAGGCGAGGCUGCUAAUGAGAAAGAUGAGGAGUACGCAUGGCUUGCAGAGAUUAGCACGCCAGAUGAUCUUCACAUGCGCUCUGGAAGAUAUACUGGCCCAGCUAUCCAGACUUGGUAG